AACUGUCAAAACAUGAUAUUAGUGAAGUCGCUAAUAUUUUGGGAAGAGUGAUAAUAUUGAAUAUUGAUGUCGUCUGCAGAUUUAAGCAUAUUAAAGAAAUGUUCCAUAAGCUUUUGAUAUUUACAGUGCUAGCCAUAUUCAUUGAUGGCAUACUAACUAAGAGUGUAGAAUUAACAUUUGAAUUGCCUGAUAGCGCCAUAGAAUGUUUCUAUCAAGAAAUAGAAAAAAAUAUAUCGGCUGCUUUAGAAUAUCAGGUAAUCACAGGAGGCCAGUAUGACGUAGAUGUUAAAGUAGAAGCGCCAAACAAACAAAUUCUAUAUCAACAGCAAAAGAUGCAAUAUGAUUCAUUUCAGUUCACAGCACAGCAUACUGGUGUAUAUAAGGUUUGCUUCAGUAAUGAGUUUAGUACAUUUUCACACAAGCUUGUAUACAUGGAACUAAAUGUUGGCCCUGAGACACCUCUACCUGGUGUUGGAGAUCAUGCAACAGUUUUAACACAACUUGAGGCAUCAGCUGAAGAAGUUCACUCUGCAUUGAAUAGAAUUAUUGAUCAUCAAACCCAUCACAGAUUGAGAGAGGCUCAGGGUCGUAAGAGGGCUGAAGAUUUAAAUGAGAGGGUGCUUUUGUGGUCUGUUGGGGAGACACUGGCAGUUGUUGUUGUCACAUUUGCACAAGUCAUGAUCUUGAAGAACUUCUUUAGUGAUCGACCCACAAUUUAUAAAUAGAGAAAAUUAAAUUUUAAUAGACUAUUUAUUAAUAUA